AGAGAUGUUGACACCCAGGAAGUUGAAGCUGCUCGCCCUUUCCACUGCUGAGAACAUUGACCAGCAUGUCGAUGAGCCCAUUCAACGUGACCAGAAGAGCCCCGAUUAAUUCGGCUGCUGGAGCCAAACGUCGUCCGAAGAGGAAAGGCCCACCUGAGGCAGCCUGGUCCACCAGCUGUGGAUUCCGUGUCUCCUGGAAGGGACGAGGAAAUGGGCCAGAGUGUCCCCCUGUAGGCGAGGAAGGACCGAGGCAGCUGCGGGCGGAGGGUAGUGGCGCCGGGGGGGGGGACCGCCGGAGGACGAGGAGGGCAGCGAUGGCCACCACUCCCCAGACGGCGAGAGGCAGCACGGGGCAGCCUCCGGCCGGGAGCCAGAUCCGGCGGCCGGACUCCCUUUCCAACAUGGAGGGCUACGAGGGGAUGAUGGUGGGGAUGGAUGUGUCGAGCGGCCCCGGCAAGCCGCUGGGGCUCCCCUCGGCGCUCUCCGAGGGGCAGCUGGCCCCCGCCAUGCUGGCGAUGCAGUCGGAGUUCAUGGACCAGCUGGGGCUGCGGGAGGACCCCGCCCCACGUAAGGCGCCCUCAGUCGGGCCAGAGGAACCAGCUAGGCUGAAGCCCUUGAGAUCAGACUGGAAUAAGGUGGCCCUGGCCUUUCUGGGCCUCUGCGCGGUGCUUGCUGUCAUAGCCCUGGUAUUACACAUUGAAGGCUCCAGGCUGCACCGCAAGGGCAUGGGCCAGCUGGCGCUGCACGACGCCCUCCAGCAGCAGAACACCCAGCUGCAGGAUUCUCUGACGUCCCAGCACCAGGGCAGUCGGUGCACGGAGUACGAGGAGAUGUUCGCCCACUGGCUCACUGCCUUCUGCAAGCUGGCAAACUGCACCAGCGAGCUGUGCCACAAGUUCUGGAGCUACUUCGAUGGCAGCUGCUACUACUUCUCGAAGGUGGUGCGGGACUGGGAGGCGAGCCGACGGGACUGCACCUCGCAGGGCGCCGAGCUGCUUGUCAUCCGCAGCAAGCGGGAGCAGAAAUACGUGGCCGGCUUUGACUCCCGCAACGCGUAUUGGAUCGGCAUGAAGGAGAUCCCGGAGAACCUGAGCUGGGUCUGGGUGGACGGAACUCUCCUGCAGGACCAUUUGACGUUCUGGGAGCGGGGCUACCCGGCCGGUUACUUUGACUACCAGCUGGAGGCGUUCGGACACUGCGGCGUGCUGCGCAGACGGGCCUGGGCCAACGCCGCCUGCGGCCGGUACCACCGCUGGAUCUGCAAGCGCACCUCCGAGAAGCUGCCCUUCAGUCUCUGAGCCGACCCACCUACCCCGCCUCCAUCCGAGAGGCCCCCUCCUCCGGCCCCUCAGCGGCAGAGGGGGAGGCGGGGAUCCAGACAGGGUUGGAACCCCUCACCAGGCCAACACCGCACCUUCCACCCCGUCACCCCCACCCAACAGCACCUGCCCCAUUCCCCACCCCGUGAAGAGCCUCCCUCUGGGUCGGUCGGUGAGGGAGCUACCCCCUCUGGGAGAGGCAGCCGAUGUGGGACAGAGGGAGCUCCGCACUCCGGUGGAGACGGCGGGUGCGGAGCGGAGGGAGAUCCCCACCCGAGGAAGGGCAGCGAGGGAGCUCCGGACUGUGGGAGGGAAGGGAAGGGGCAGUGAGGGAUCUCCCCCCAGUAUGAGGGGCUGUGAGUGUGCGGGGGGGUGAGGGAGCUCCCCUCUGUUGGGGGAGCAGUGAGGGAUCUCCCCAAGGGGGGGUCAGUGAGUGUGGGACAGUGAGGGAGCUCCCCUCUGUUGGAGGAGGAGUGAAGGAUCUCCCCACAGUGGGAGGGGCAGUGAGUGUGAGAUGGUGAGGGAGCUCCCCAGUGUGAGGGCGGGUGUACAGAGGAAGGUUUACAGUAUCACUGGAGCACAGGGUGAGGGGGCUAUGGGGAGAGACCACCUUGGCAGCAGCCUCACCAAAGCCCCUCUCGGGCACAAACAGGAUGGAGGAGGGGGUGGGGAAGAGUGCAGUCCUGCCCUUGGCCGUUUACCCUGUUCGGAUCUCCUCCGAAACGUCUGUAAUCACGCACUGACAGGGUUUCGGGGGCGGGGGAGAGGAGGGGGGGCAAAGAGAUUGGCGGCUGUGUCGAGCUGGAAGAUUAU